ACAGUCGCUACCAAUCCAUUCAGCUGUCAACAUGAGGAGCUUUCCUAAAAUAUUUCUACUACUUGUGCUGAUGAAGAGCUGCUCUGCAGCUCCUGCAGUCACAUCAGAUCGUGUGGAGACCGAUCCCGAGCUGACGGCUGGCUAUUUCGAAGGUGAUAUGAUCAUGAACGAAGACAGAAAUGGAAUGAUCGAUGAAACUUAUCGCUGGCCCAAUCGUAUUGUCUACUAUUUCAUAAAUAGCUACAUUGAUCAGGAACAUCGUAAUCACAUUCUUCGCGGCAUUCGCAUUCUCGAGGCGAAUUCGUGUCUCAUCUUCAAGGAAGCAACCAGCGAUCAGCCUUACUAUGUGAAUGUCACUUCGGAGCCCGGCGGUUGCUACUCCUACGUGGGCUACCUAAACCGCGUACAACAAUUGAAUUUGCAGAAUUAUGCGCUGGACACCGGUUGCUUCCGCUUGGGUACGAUUGUGCAUGAGUUUCUUCACGCAUUGGGCUUCUACCAUCAGCAAAGCACGUGGAAUCGUGAUGAAUACGUUCGCAUCGACGAGGAGAACAUCCAAGACGGCAUGGAGCACAACUUCAAUAAGUACGACAACGAGACAGUGGACAAUUUCGACGAGGAGUACGACUACGGCAGCGUCAUGCACUACAGCUCCACCGCAUUUUCGAAGAAUGGCAAAAUGACCAUUGUGCCGCUGGUCGAGGGCGCCGAGGAAAUAAUGGGACAGCGACUUCAAAUGAGCGAUGCCGAUAUUAAUAAAUUGAAUACCAUGUAUAGGUGUCCCAGAAAAGUUUGAGCUGUUUCAGAAUUACAUACGCUAAAUUGAUGAA